AUGUGGCUAAAGUUUGAUGUUGGCACGCUUGUCUGUUCUUCCGCAUCAUUGGGUUUGUGUGUUCUGGUACCCUUGAGAAGAGCCUAUGAGGAACAAAGCAUGCGUAGUUCAGUCUUGGCUCUGACACCACUUGGUGCAGGAUUAGGAGAGAAAGUAGGAUACAGGUGUUGUAAUGGCAAAAGAGAGGCUGCGGGAGACAUAUUUCCUUGGGAUGGGACUCUCACUUCAAGUGAUUUCUUUCUUGCUGCUCAUAUGUUUUCUGACAAUUGGAGAAAAUUCAAUACUUCAGUCCCUCCAUGGUUGUGGGUUAAAUGUCCAAAACGUUAUUUGGUUUCUUCUAAUGAGGGGGAAGGAUAUUUGUCACUGGAAAACAUGUGCCUUUUAAAAUCAAGUCAGGAAAAACAGGAUACUGUUAGUCUGACAUGGAAAGAAGAAAGCAAUGUCUUGGAGAAUGAAGAACCAUUUGAUAGUGCCACAUUAGGUGCAGAGAGUGAUUAUCUUGAAAUAAACCACUAUGAUUUUCAUAUAGUCUACAGUGCUUCAUACAGGGUUCCAGUGCUGUAUUUCCGUGCUUAUCAUAGUGAUGGACAACCUUUGCUGUUGAGUGAAAUUGAAAAGGGCCUUCCUGGCCACUCUGUGAAGUUGCUAUCUGAAUCAAAAUGGACGUUCAUAACUCAAGAGGAGCAUCCAUAUCUGAACAGGCCAUGGUGCAAAUUACAUCCAUGUGGGACAAGUGAGUGGAUGAAGCUGCUUUUUUCUAGUGACAAGUCUUUGACCACAAAUGGUCUGAAGAUUGAACAUUAUCUGGCUUCAUGGUUCUCCGUCAUUGGGCAAGUCGUUGGCCUUAAAAUUCCUUUGGAGAUGAUGGACUUUGGUUGCUAAUUACUCUUACUGAUGAAAAGGAUUCUUCUAUUCAAAUUGAGUUGCUGUAAAGCUGGCUAACGAGAUAAACAAGCUUUGUGUUGCGGGUGCUUGAUGUCUCGAACAAGGAAUAGGAAUUAGGGUCGGCUAAAUUGGCAAAGAAAAGGAUAUGGGAAUAUGGGAUUUUGUUUGUUUUAAAUUAGGAUUUUAUCUUUUAUUGCAUUUAGAUUUAAAUAAAGCAUAUAUUAUUUGCUUCAUUUGUCAAUGAAGAACUGGGGAAAGAAGAAAAAGCUGCAGCUUGUAGAGAAUUUAUAAGUUUGCUGUCGAUACGUGUGUGGAAUGAUGUAAACUAAGGCAAAAUGAUAAUAUAUCCUGACAAUUUAAUAUCUCAAAAUAUUAUAAUAUUAAUAAAGUUUUUAAA